AUGCAGUUCUCCAAGGUUCUCCUCGUUCUCUUCCCGGUUGCCGUUCUGGCAGCACCGUUCCAGACCUUCAAGAUCCCGACACUGGAUCCCAACACCGUUGCGCCCGAGGUCCCGGCCAUCGACCGACGGAUACCCCCUUUCACAUAUGUGCACAUCCGGUCUAGGCCGCUGACUGCUCCGGGAGAGUGUCCCAGUGCUCACGGAAGAUACCACUCGGGACCCAGAGCUCGCCAGCCGCACAUUCUUCACUCGACACCGUCCAGGUGA